AUGGCACCCGAUAGAGGCUCGCAUCUUUCCUCCUCCCCCAUCUCUCCUCCACCGUCGCCCUCUCCACCAUCUGUAUCGUUUGACUCCCCGGAGCAAGAACCCACUAGUUCUCGUGCUCGCUCUGAUCACGCCUGCUAUGCAUCAUCCUCUACCCAUGAUUCUGCUCUCGAUGGCACCAACUUCACCUUCCGAGGUGUGGCUGUCGGUAUCGCCAUUGGCAUCAUCAUCUGCUUUUCCAACACCUAUUUCGGACUGCAGACUGGCUGGGUUUCGGGCAUGGCCAUGCCUGCAUCUUUAAUCGGCUUUGCUGUAUUCAAGGCAUUAUCGCCCUAUUUGCUUGUCCCGUUCACUCCGGUCGAAAAUGUCUUGGUACAGACCGUGGCUGGUGCCGUUGGAACUAUGCCGUUGGGUCUUGGGUUUGUCGGCGUCAUGCCGAGCUUGGAAUUCUUGUUGAAGAAAAGCGAAGGUGCUCCCAUCGAUCUGAGCCUGUGGCGUUUGUUCGUCUGGGGUAUCGGCCUGUGUCUCUUCGGUGUUGUGUUUGGAGUCCCCCUGAGGAAACAAGUCAUCAUUCGCGAACGCCUGAAGUUUCCCUCCGGUACCGCAACAGCCCUUAUGAUUAGUGUUCUCCAUGGCGGUGCAAAACCCGACUCAUCCCAAGACCAUGCAAUCCAAACACAAGGUACAGAGGAACGAGAAGAAUUACUGCGUGAAGAUGAACGCGAGGCUCAACAUAGCGGGGCACCGGGUCAGAGCUCUGCCCGUGAGCAGGAUCUUCGUGCAGAUUGGAAGAGACAAAUUCGUCUGUUGACAAUUGCGUUCGCCUCUUCCGGUGCUUAUACUCUGUUCCAGUACUUUCUGCCAAUCCUCCACAAACUUCCCAUCUUUGGCAACUACCUGGCUCACACUUGGCAGUGGACCCUAAACCCAUCGCCGGCAUAUGUUGGUCAAGGCAUCAUCAUGGGUCCAGCCACGACAUUUCACAUGCUCCUUGGUGCCGUUAUCGGUUGGGCGAUUCUCAGCCCGAUCGCCAAACAUAAUGGAUGGGCGCCGGGAGAUGUUGAUGAUUGGGAGACUGGGAGCAAAGGCUGGAUCGUCUGGGUAAGUCUGGCUAUCAUGUUGGCAGAUGCUGUGGUCAAUCUCGGUUGGCUGCUGCUCCGACCUUCGAUACUGUACGGUCCAGAUUGGGUAAGGACCCUCCUAGAUCACUACCACCACAGCUCCUCGUGGUCGGAUCUUUUGCUUGGAAGGCAAUUGGCUGGCUACCUUGCUCUUGAUCAGGACAACGGUUAUACCCCGCGUGCCGGGUCCUCCACAAAGCCGCAUCUUACCAUUGACGCUCCUGACGACGCUCCGCCUCACCAUCUUGUCUCGAAUCGAUCAGUCGCUAUUCUCUUACCUCUUACUAUCAUCCUCUGUGUGCUUUGUGUCCACGUGACCUUUGGUGCUUAUAUUCCCAUAGAAUUGAACAUUCUCGCCAUUCUCCUGGCUCUGGUUCUUUCGAUCAUGGGCGUCCGGGCUCUGGGUGAAACCGACCUCAAUCCUGUCAGUGGCAUCUCCAAACUCACACAGCUGGUGUUUGCCCUUAUUGCCCCUACAGGAAAGCAUGCCAACCAUGCAAUCAUCAUCAACCUGCUUGCCGGCGCUGUAAGUGAAGCCGGGGCUCUUCAAGCUGGUGAUAUUCUACAGGACUUGAAGGCAGGCCACUUGAUCGGUGCUAGCCCCAAAGCCCAAUUUUAUGGUCAACUAAUAGGCAGCGUGGUGGGUGCAUUUGUGUCAGCAGCAGUCUAUAAACUUUACAUCUCAGUCUACACCAUUCCUGGAGAACUUUUUCAGAUUCCAACCGCGUAUGUCUGGAUUUUCACAGCCCGUCUUGUCACAGGCGAGGGCUUACCACCCAUGGCCUGGCAAUACGCCCUGGCCGCAGGUGCCAUAUUUGUUCUCACAACUGUGUUUCGUAUAUAUCUACUGGCGCAUCGCGAUGAGAGCGAAUGGUGUCGUCGGAUCCACCCAUGGAUACCAGGAGGUAUUGCCGUCGCUGUCGGUAUGUACAAUACACCGAGCUUUACACUAGCUCGCACAGCAGGAGGCGUGGUGAGUUUGUGGUGGGUGCACUGGAAGGGUCGAGGUGAAACCACAGUCGUUGUGCUUGCUAGUGGACUUAUACUGGGAGAAGGUGUGGUGAGCAUUGUCAAUUUAGUGCUUGCCAGCCUUGCUGUUCCUCACCUUUAG